AUGGUCUUGUGUUUGGAGCAACGGAAUAAGCCAAAAGUAUGGAUGAACCUUCAAGCCCUUGUCUAUAUGCUUUGCCUUGUCUUCCACCGGGAAGCCCGAUUAUCGUUAUUAUAUUACGGCGGGACUCACUACCUGCGGGAUCGCAACUCUCGAAUUACGGGUCAUAGGCGAAUUAUGGGAGCAUUGCACAGAGCCAAAUCACAAUUCUUCGACAAAAUGUUCGAA